AUGGAUGUCGACGCCCGCUCCCGUCCGGUCCCUGUCGCCUCCACGCCCCACACGCUGCCGCGCUCGUCCGACGCGGUCCGGCCCCCGACACUGGAGGCUUCGCCCGAGCCCGUGGAGGAGGACCAAACCAGUGCGCUGCCAGCGUCCGUGACGCCCGCCACAUUCAAGACCGUCGUCUCGUGGUCCGCCAUUUAG